CCUCCGCCCGCCGUCACCAACCUCCGCAACUCGGUCCACCAAUCCACCACCACCAUACCCCGUACCGCACCACCAGUCCACCAUGGCUGCCGCCUCCUCCUCCUCGCUCCGGAUCCCCGCACCAACCCACCACCCCGCCGCGGGGGCGCGUCCGCGGCGGCUGCCCUUCCACGCCGUCUCCGUCCGCCCCCGCCGCUCCGCGGUCUCCGCCGCCUCCUCCCCGCAGCAGCCGCCGGCACCGGGUGACGGCGAGGACAACGGACCCGCCGCCGUGCCCGCGCCCUUCUCCCGCGACUCCGCCAUCGCGCUGCCUCGGCCGCUGACGAGCGCGGAUCUGAUGGGGGAGGCCAGCGGGGAGGGCCUCAGGGUCGCGUACCAGGGGUGCCCGGGCGCCUACAGCGAGGCCGCCGCCAAGAAGGCCUACCCGAGCUGCGAGACCGUGCCCUGCGAGUACUUCGAGACCGCCUUCCAGGCCGUUGAGAAGUGGGCGGCUGACCGCGCGGUGUUGCCGCUGGAGAAUUCCUUGGGCGGCAGCAUACAUCGCAACUAUGACCUCCUGCUUCGCCACCGGCUGCACAUUGUGGGCGAGGUACGGCUGGCGGUUCGUCAUUGCCUGCUCGCCAACCGUGGCGUCAAGAUUGAGAACCUGCGGAGUGCCAUGAGCCACCCUCAGGCUCUUGCGCAGUGUGAGCAAACGCUGACACAGCUAGGAAUUGAACAUAGAGAAGCUGUUGAUGAUACAGCGGGUGCAGCCAAGCAAAUUGCAGAAGAAAAUCUCCAAGACACCGCUGCCGUUGCCAGUUCACUGGCUGCUCAACUUUAUGGACUGGAUAUUCUUGCAGAAAAUAUCCAGGAUGAUGCGGAUAAUGUAACCCGUUUUAUGAUGCUGGCUCGGGAGCCCAUUAUCCCUCGCACAGAUAAGCCAUUCAAGACUAGCAUAGUGUUCUCUUUGGAAGAAGGACCUGGACAACUCUUCAAGGCGCUUGCAGUAUUUGCUCUGAGGAAAAUUAACCUCACCAAGAUGGAAAGCCGUCCACACAAGAAAAGGCCUCUGCGUGUAGCUGAUGAUAACUCCACGCCGCUGAAGCACUUCGACUACCUUUUCUACGUAGAUUUCGAGGCUUCAAUGGCUGAUCCGAAUGCACAAAAUGCUCUCAGUAACUUAAAGCAAGAGUUUGCCACCUUCCUAAGAGUUCUUGGAAGCUAUCCUACCGAUGUCACUGAAGCAUGAGUGCCGGGCACCUGAGCAAACAGAAAUCAUCCCUUGAUAGUCAGUAUUUGGCUCUGGAAUAGAAGCAAUUUUUUUUCACCGGUCGCGAUGAAGAGAUUCACCUGGCAGUUUUGAACUCCACGAUUCAGUAAAUCUUCCUGGGGGCUUCUCCGUUCUUUCCACAGGGACAGUAGUUCUCCAGAUAUUCUUUAUUUUCCUGUGAAUGUGAGAAAAAACUCUCAACAUAUAUAUAUCUUUUGCAUGAGAGCUCCUGAAAUAUUGGCUUUUAUAAUUUUAGGAGUACUUGCUGGAGAAUAGUGUUGAAUAGUGAUGCUGAUAGUUUAAAGUCUCAAGCAUUAAGUGUGAUGUUUAUGUUUGAGGUUACAGUAAUGCGUGUAUUAUUUGCAAAGUUGAUUGGUGGGUGGGUUA